AUGGACGAAAUCCGCAAGCAAUUAGCGGAACUGAUGGGUUCCGUUGAGGCAGAGACAAACAUAUCCAACAGAAAGACCUUCACUGAUGAUCAAGUUUGUAAAUAUUAUCUAACGGGUUUGUGUCCGCAUGACUUGUUCCAAAAUACGAAACAAUAUCUUGGUGAGUGUCCCAAGAUACACUCGACGGAUUUGAGAGAACAUUAUUUGGAAGCAAGAAAGGAAUUCAAUUAUGGGUUCGAGGAAUCAACGUUGCGUCAUUUAAGGCUCUACGUUGAUGAUUGUGAUCGAAAGAUUUCGCGCCAAACCAUCGGAGGGCGAUGCGAUACGCAGGAUAAGGCAAGCGAAUCAAUCGAGGCGUCUGCGAAACGUGAAGUUGAUGAACUUGAAACUCAAAUUGCUGCAAAAAUGAAGGAAGCAGAAGAAUUGGGAAAUGGAGGAGAUGUAGGGGGUUCAAUGAAGGUGAUGGACGAGAUCACUCGUUUGAAUAUUAAAAAGAAACAGGCUCUUACAUAUCUCAGUGAGACAACUCUGCCAAGACACGCAUCAUAUAAUCCUCGUCCAGCCCCUCCCCCUAAAUCGUUUGAUGGCAUUGAUAUGCAGCGAACAAGUAUUGAGGAACCAGAUCGUCGAUCUCGACAAUUUCAUCACCGAGAAUUUCACCAUCAUGAAAGACGAUUAGAGAGAAAUCAUGAAAAUGGUAGAAGACAUUAUGGAGGUAGUGGGCCGAGAUAUGGCGAAGGUAAACCUGACUCUAUGGAUGAUCCAUGA